CCCCCGCAACAAUAGAGGCACGCGCACGAAACGCGGCCGUGCACGAGACAACAAGGCUGGCGCAAAAGGAUGGCGAUGGCGGCCCAAGCCGUACGGUUUGAUUGAGGAGCUCGAAGGAAACGUCAGGAUGAGCGCACAGAGGCACGACGGACGUGAUGUUCCUGUCACCGCGACGGACUGACGGGUGACCAUCAAGGCAAUCAUGCCGGUCCGGAGGGGUCACGUGGCGCCACACAACACUUUUCUCGGAGUGCUAAUUCGGAAAUUCGAAGGACAAAACAAGAACUUCAUCAUCGCCAACGCCCGUAUGAAAGAUUGCGGCAUCAUCUACUGCAACGAAGGCUUCUGCAAGAUGACCGGCUUCUCCCGGCCGGACGUCAUGCAGAAACCGUGCACGUGCGACUUCCUGCACGGCCAGUCCACCAGCCGACACGCCAUCGCCCAUGUGGCCCAGGCCUUGCUGGGCUCGGAGGAACGCAAGGUGGAGAUCACGUACCAUCGCAAGGAUGGAUCCAAGUUCCUUUGUAUGACGCAUAUCAUCCCAAUGAAGAACGAGGAGGGCCUGGUCAUGAUGUUCAUCCUCAGUUUUGACUACAUCCUGGAGAAGGACAGUGGCGACUCGCAGGAGAAGCUAAACCGUGCCUCCCCAUCCAAUGCCGACCAGCGCAAAGGUCGAUUCUUCCGUUUCCCGGUCUUGACGCUUCUGGGCAUCAGAAAGCAGUCCCUGCCCCUGGAAGACCCCAACGCAGUAAUGGUGGACUCCCCUCGGCACAGCGACAGCUCGGCGACAACGUGUGACCGCCGAUUCGCAAACCCUUGUCAGAGAGACAGUCCCUCCUACGCCAACGACACUCGCUCCCUCAUCGCCCAAAGUCAUCUUUCCAUCCCCGCGUCUGAUCCUUUGGAUCACUCGUCACCCCAAAUUCCUUCGGACGCAUUCGGCACAGAUGAGGCCUUCGUCAAGGAGGAUCCACUCGGGGCCUCUUCGCCCAUCCCAAGCUGCACUCGGUCGCCAUACGGAGAACGUGUAUGUCAAAUCCGGAGAGCUUCCUCCCUCCAUAACAUGGAAAGGUUUAGAGCCAACUCCAAGACCACAUUCAGGGAUCGACAUGUCAGUGAAGGGCCGCUUCGACGGAUCAAGUCCAGCCUGCUGGGCUCCACCUCGGACUCCAACCUCAGCAAGUACAGCGCCAUCAACAGGAUUCCCCUCAUGGCGCUCAACCUGGCCCAGGCUAGCGACCAGAGGACGUGCCCCGCCUCCCCACCGCUGUCCUCGUCCGAGAAAGCCAUCCUGACGCCAAAGGUCAAAGACCGCACGCAUCACGUCACCGAUAAAGUCACGCAGGUUCUUUCGCUGGGUGACGACGUGCUUCCCGAGUACAAGCUCCAGAGCCAGCGGACGGACAAGUUCACCAUCCUGCACUACAGCCCGUUCAAAGCCGUGUGGGAUUGGCUCAUCCUGCUGCUGGUCAUCUACACGGCCGUCUUCACGCCCUACUCGGCCGCCUUCCUUCUCAACGACGCGGAGGAGCAGCGGAGACAGGAAUGCGGGUACUCCUGCUCGCCGCUCAACGCGGUGGACCUGAUCGUGGACAUCAUGUUCAUGGUGGACAUCCUCAUCAACUUCAGGACCACGUACGUCAACAUGAACGAGGAGGUGGUGAGCCACCCGGGCAAGUUAGCCAUCCACUACUUCAAAGGCUGGUUCCUCAUCGACAUGGUGGCCGCCAUACCCUUUGACCUGCUCAUCUUCGGAUCCGGAUCAGACGAGACCACAACCCUGAUCGGCCUGCUGAAGACGGCCCGCCUCCUGCGUCUGGUGCGGGUCGCACGCAAACUGGACCGCUACUCCGAGUACGGCGCCGCCGUGCUGGUGCUGCUCAUGUGCAUCUUUGCCCUCAUCGCUCACUGGUUAGCGUGCAUCUGGUACGCCAUCGGGAAUGUGGAGAAACCAUACUUGGAGCACAAAAUCGGCUGGCUGGACAACCUGGGCGUGUCCAUAGGGAAGGCCUACAACUACAGUGACCCCAGCUCGGGGCCGUCCAUCAAGGACAAGUACGUCACUGCCCUCUACUUCACCUUCAGCAGCCUGACCAGCGUCGGCUUUGGCAACAUCUCCCCCAACACCAACUCGGAAAAGAUCUUUUCCAUCUGUGUCAUGCUCAUUGGAUCUCUCAUGUACGCCAGCAUCUUCGGGAACGUGUCGGCCAUCAUCCAGAGGUUGUAUUCCGGCACGGCUCGCUAUCACCUCCAGAUGCUCCGCGUCAAAGAGUUCAUCCGCUUCCACCAGAUUCCCAACCCGCUGAGGCAGCGGCUGGAGGAGUACUUCCAGCAUGCCUGGACCUACACCAAUGGGGCAGACAUGAAUAUGGUCCUGAAGGGUUUCCCCGAGUGUCUGCAGGCGGACGUCAGCCUCCACCUGAACAAGAACCUCCUGCAGGGCUGCAAGGCGUUCUGCGGCGCCUCCAAAGGUUGCCUUCGGGCGCUGGCCGUGAGGUUCAAGACCAUGCACGCGCCCCCUGGGGACACACUGGUCCACAGCGGGGACGUGCUGGACACGCUCUAUUUCGUCACCUGCGGCUCCAUUGAGAUCCUCAAAGACAACGUUGUGGUGGCCAUUUUGGGCAAGAACGACAUCUUUGGCGAGGAGAUCCGCGUGCACGCAAAGGCAGGGAAAUCGUGUGUGGACGUGCGAGUGCUGAGCUACUGCGACCUGCGCACCAUCCGGCGGGACCAGGUCUUGGAGGUGCUGGACAUGUACCCCGAAUUUGCUGAGCAUUUCCUCGCCAACCUGGAACUCACCUUUGACCUCUGCUAUGAAAACUCCAAGACGUCAUCAUCAUCAGCAUCAUCAUCAUCAUCAUCAGUGGCGAGUCGGAGGACGAGAGCCUCACACAGAAGGAAGUCUCUCUCGGGCGGCCAACGGGAGGGGCCCGCUGUCGGCGAGCCGGGACGCCGCUGGGGCUGCAGGCUCGACGGCCAGCACAAACGCUCAAAAGCCGGAAGGGACGAUGACGCAGACCUCACUUAUGGAGAGGCGGAGCGACGACUGGACCGGCUGCAGCGGCACCUUGGCAGGCUGGAGUCCCAGAUGACGGCGGACAUCCAAGCCAUCCUCCAAAUCCUCCAGCGGCAAACCGCCGCCGGCCCUCCUUCCUACGGCUCCGGCAGCCCCGAGGACCAGAGGCCACGGUAGACUAGACUGUUGACCGGCGUCAAGUCCUGGGACUCUAAGAGACCUUGGCUUUCCUGAUCCACACGGAGUCUUCCAGAUGCUCACGUUGCCGGAUGAUUGAACCGGAAACGGACGUGAGGCCCUUUGGUCUAGGAUCAGACCUCAGACCUGUUUGUGACCCUCGGCUUCCUUGGGAUCUGGUCCUUCACUGACGUGGAGGGAAAGAAGACCUGCUGAUUUUCUAACUUGGAAGUCGACACCAUUUUUAAGAGGAAACAAAAAAUAA